UCGCCAGAUAUUGUUCCGUACAACACAGAAGAGUCUGUGAUGGAUGAGCAGACUCCAGAAAAAGGUCAAAGUUCGCCGUGCGAAUUUUCCAGAAACCGCAGCUUGGGAGAAAAUGUGUCCAUGUCUGCUGACAAGACCUCGACCGAAUACCAUGAUCCAAAUCAGAGAGAGCUGACCUGCACACCUUCCGCACACGUGAGGGGUAAAAACUCUGACCCUUGUGAAUUUAAUUUCUUCAGAUCCAAGCAUUCUCGAUCGAGGAAAAGUAGACCUUCAAGAAAAACUGGUAAUAAAUAUGGUAGUGAGCAUUCAAAAAAAUCUGGAAAAUGUUACCGAAUUGUUCAAGUAGAAAAUGGAUUUGAGUACAAGUACUUCCGUUGUCACAACUGCAAAGCAACUUACUUUUGAAGAAUAGUGAGUAUGAUCGAGUAUCAAGACAAGAGAUACAGUGUGCAGGGUCUGUUCCAGGGAAGAUGCAGUGUCCAGGGUCUGUUCCGGGGAAGAUGCAGUGUCCAGGGUCUGUUCCAGGGAAGAUGCAUUGCACGGGGUCUGUUCGGGGGAAGAUGCAGACGUUUAGACACAGCAACACGCAGACAGUGUUUGAGAUCAGUCGACAGCGAGGAAGAGGAAGCUGGGCUCAGACUGGACAGUUCAGAAGGAUAUCCUCAGUGUUGUGCACCGAGGCAGCGGCCCAGAGUCUCCCCUGGAGCAGAAAGUGAAAAAUAUGCAAAGGGUUUAUCCAAGAGUUGUGAGAAAUCUGGAGACUUCUUGAGUGACUCCAAACUUCAUAAAGUUUUAAUCCACACGCCAGCUGUAGUACAAAAUCAAAGUCCUCAAGACGAAUCUGCUUCUCAGAGAAGGACUACAUUAAGAGAAUCUGACACGGAUUUUCACAGAAUCUGUCCAUUAAGCUCAAAAAGUGAAAGUUCAUCUGGUGACAUGUUGGCCAAGCCUGGAACAGUCUGUCACAAAGAUAAAACUUCUUCCUCACAAACAAGGAUCAAAAUGCCAUGGUCAUUGGCUUCUAGCACAGAAAGUUCAUCUGGUUACAUGUUGGCCAAGCCUCGAACAUUCUGUCUCAAAGAGAAAACUUCUUCCUCACAAACAAGGGUCAAAAUGCCAUGGUCAUUGGCUUCUAGCACAGAAAGUUCAUCUAGUAACAGUAUCUGUGGUGACAAACCUCAGACGAAACCAGUGGAAAGACAAUCAUCCCAACGUGAUAAAUUGGAGUUCAGUAGUGACAUCUCUUUCAAUCAGAUUCGGUCUGAUCCAUGGAGAAGACGAAUCAGAAGUACAAAAUUAACCUCAAAGACUGAGUCAGUGGGUGAGACUGAAGAACGGUUUCCGAUGAGAGGGUGCCGUAGUGAGCCACUGGCGUCGAGCAGUCGCAUAUCACUGGAUGAGCUGUUCGCCGAGUCUCAGAGGAAGAGAUCACGGAGUGAGCUGCUUGACCCGAGUAGCAACGUGUCACAGGUGUGUCAAGGUCAUCCUCAAGGCAGACAGUGGUGGAAUGAUUUGGUCAUCUCGAAUAUAGGUGACACGUCUCUGGAACUUUUCAACAUUUCACAGUGGCAAGUGUAUGUGUAA